UGGCAUGACUCUUCGUUCGUGAGUCCUCUGCGACUCUUUCUAAACUGAAGAAAACCAUACCAAUCAGGGAAAAAAGCCAAAGCCGCCGUUUUCACGGUAUCACAAACCCUAAUACCUAACAAUGACGGAUCCCUCAAACGACGCCGUACAUGGUCGGACGGCGCCAAAACUUCCGAUCCAAGGGAAGCGCAACAUCCUCAUUACCAGCGCGUUGCCUUACGUCAACAACGUCCCUCAUCUCGGCAACAUCAUCGGCUGUGUAUUGAGUGCAGAUGUCUUUGCUCGAUAUUGUCGUCUUCGUGGUUAUAAUGCAAUAUACAUAUGUGGAACUGAUGAGUAUGGGACAGCAACAGAAACCAAAGCCAUGGAGGAGAAAUGCACCCCUCAGCAGAUCUGUGACAAAUAUCAUGCAAUUCAUAAGGAAGUUUAUAAAUGGUUCAAUAUAAGUUUUGAUGAAUUUGGGCGUACAUCAAGCCCACAGCAGACCGAAGUUUGCCAAGCAAUUUUCAAGAAAUUGAUGGAGAACAAUUGGCUUUCUGAAAACGUUAUGCAGCAGCUUUAUUGUGAUAAAUGCCAAAAGUUCUUAGCUGACCGGCUUGUGGAAGGCAUUUGCCCUACUCAAGAUUGUAAUUAUGAUUCUGCACGAGGAGAUCAGUGUGAAAAGUGUGGAAAGCUUUUGAAUCCAAUUGAACUAAAAGAUCCUAGAUGCAAGUUCUGUCAUUCAACUCCACACAUCCGUGAUACAAACCACUUGUUUCUUGAGCUCCCUUUGCUGAAGGACAAACUGGAAGAAUAUAUCAAUUACAUGUCUGUGGCUGGAUCUUGGAGCCAGAAUGCUAUUCAAGCUACACAUGCUUGGCUUAAAGAAGGACUGAAACCACGAUGUAUUACAAGAGAUCUAAAAUGGGGGGUUCCUGUUCCACAUGAGAAAUUCAAGGAUAAGGUUUUCUAUGUCUGGUUUGAUGCGCCGAUUGGAUAUGUCUCAAUUACUUCAUGCUAUACACCUGAUUGGGAGAAGUGGUGGAAGAAUCCUGAAAAUGUUGAGCUGUAUCAGUUUAUGGGCAAGGAUAAUGUGCCAUUCCAUACUGUGAUGUUUCCGUCCACACUACUUGGAACUAGUGAAAACUGGACUUUGAUGAAGACUAUCAGUGUCACUGAAUACUUGAACUAUGAAGCAGGGAAAUUCUCAAAGAGUAAGGGAGUGGGUGUUUUUGGAAAUGAUGCAAAAGAUACAAAUAUUCCAGUAGAAGUGUGGAGAUAUUACUUGCUAACUAAUAGGCCAGAGGUAUCUGACACGCUAUUUACAUGGGUGGACUUGCAAGCAAAACUCAACAGUGAAUUGCUGAAUAAUUUAGGCAAUUUUAUAAACCGAGUCUUGAGCUUCAUUGCUAAACCUGCAGGUCUAGGAUAUGGUUCUGUUAUUCCUGAUGCUCCGGGUGCAGAAUUGCAUCAAUUAACAAAAACAUUAGCGGAAAAAGUUGGUAGAUUCGUGGAACAAUAUGUGGAAGCCAUGGAGAAGGUUAAACUAAAGCAAGGACUUAAAACUGCAAUGAGCAUUUCUAGCGAGGGAAAUGCAUAUCUGCAAGAGAGUCAAUUCUGGAAGCUUUACAAGGAAGACCAGCCUUCUUGUUCAAUUGUUGUGAAAACCUCAGUGGGUCUUGUGCAUCUUCUUGCAUGUCUGUUAGAACCUUUUAUGCCUUCCUUCUCUCUUGAGGUACUCAAGCAGCUUAAUAUGCCUCCUGAAACAUCAUUUUUGCUCUGUGAUGAAAAAGGAGACAUUGAAAGGGCAAAGAGACCUUGGGAGAUUGUACCUGCUGGCCACAGAAUUGGGACUCCAGAGCCAUUGUUCAAGGAAUUGAAAGAUGAAGAUGUCGAGUUCUUCAGGGAGAAGUUUGCCGGGAGUCAAGCUGAUAGGAUUGUGAAGGCAGAAGCUGAAGCAAAGAAAAUUGCCGAGCAACUGAAAAAAACAAAAGUUUCAGAUGGGAAUGGAAAGAAACAACGACCAACAAAAUCUGCCGAAGCUAAACCUAAGGCUGCAGCAGAGGCAGAAAUUUCUAUUAGUAGACUUGAUAUCCGUGUUGGUCUUAUAACGAAAGUUCAGAAGCAUCCUGAUGCUGAUUCCCUAUAUGUUGAAGAGAUUGAUGUGGGUGAAGGGUCGACUCGGACUGUGGUUAGUGGCCUUGUCAAGUUUAUACCACUUGAAGAGAUGCAGAACCGCAAGGUAUGUGUUCUUUGCAACCUGAAGCCAGCCACAAUGCGGGGUAUUAAAUCUCAAGCAAUGGUCCUUGCUGCUUCCAACAGUGACCAUACCAAGGUUGAAUUGGUUGAACCACCCCAAUCUGCCGCUGUUGGAGAACGAGUGACAUUUCCUGGGUUUGAGGGUGAACCUGAUGAUGUUCUCAACCCUAAGAAGAAGGUCUGGGAGACACUGCAAGUGGAUCUUCGCACUGACUCGGAACUGGUGGCUCUCUACAAAGAUGUGCCCUUCACUACAACAGCCGGUAUUUGCAAAGUUCCCUCAAUUUGUGAUGGAUCAAUACGGUAGAUUUACUAGCCUAAUGGUGAACAGAUCCAAGAUUUUGACUCAUUUUUUUUAUCGUUGGGCAAAGUGUUAUCUAUUUAAAGUGGAAAAAACAAGCAUUUUUCACGACAUGAAAGGUGUAAAAUGAUCGUUAAUUGCACAAUAAAUGCUGAAUGUAUUGUUGGAUAGAUGAAAAAUUAAAUUAUUGCUGCUUGUGCUUGUUGCUUCCA